UUCCACCUCCUGCACAGCUGCCACUUUGCUGCAGGUCCCCUCCCCGAUCUGCUGUAUGCCUCUCACAGAGGCUGCCUGUGCCACAGGUUGGCCACCCUUGGUCUGCAAGGUGCCACCUUACUCUGUCUUCGUAAUCUGUUGGCUAUCUACAGUGCCCUUUCCUCAACUUUUGCAGUCUCACUGCUUUCCAAGUGCAGUCUCCCAUCCUGUGAGCAUGACAUCUGUUCAUUCAUCCUAGAUGGAAAACCAUACAUUUGGCAUUACAUUUUGAGUAGUUUGCUUGCACCCAUGAUCCGGAUCGCUCUAACAGCCCUCUAUCUCUCCUCCAUAUUUUCUACUGACCCAAUAUAUCUGUCCUCUGCAAACUUUAUUAGUAGUAAUAAUUGAACUAAAACUCUUUAAGCAAAGGGCGUUAACCCAGGCCUGGGAGGCAGACUACAAGGUACUUCCCUAAUGCUCAUUGUGGAGAAGGACCUGAGGUGAUAGGGAGCGUCAUCAAAGGUUACAGCAUCAUCUCUUCAUAUUGCCAAGGAGCGGUUGUGUAGCCCCAGUGGCUAUGGCUUUGGUGUUUUGCAGGCACCGAGCUGGGGUUGCAGUCCUCCCAGGUGUAAUGCAGACUUGGGGCUCUAAAGGAGUAGCAUUUGAGGGGGAAAUUUUCUUUCAUUUCUCUGGAAAUGUCCUAAUAUUUCAAGUUUAACGCUGUUUUUCCAGAGAGCUGCUUGGCCAAUUCUUAUGAAACUCUUGGGUGCAAGUUCUUUGGACCACCGAUUUUAAAAAAUGUUUAUCUUUAGCACAGUGGAGGCCAACCUUUUUCUCAGAUGUGCCACAAGUUAAGCCCUGAACCUUCCCCGAGUGCCAUGCCAGUCCCCUUCCCCUGCCUGGUCUGCUGUUUUGUUUUUUGCACCCUUUCCUGAUUCCCUGUCUGAUCUGUUACUUUGCCUUCUGCUCCCUACACUGUCUGGCACUGGGCUGCCUGCCCCUCCCUAAGAUACAGCGUGCCACAUGCAGAGGCUGCCCAUGCCACUUGUGGCCCUCGUGCUGCAGAUUGGCCACCCCUGCAUUAGUGGAUGAUGUUGACUGUUUCCUUAAUUCUGAUGCAUCCUGUUGGUGAGAAAGGUGAGGAGUCUGCAGCCCAGCCUAGAUUUCAGGGCUCUGAAUCAGUAGGACAGUUACCCAAGGGGCCAUCAACCUCUGGUAGAGGAAUGAUCUGAUGAUGUUUCAUAGAUGGUAGGGUCAGAAGGGACCUGAGGAGAUCAACCAGUCCGACCCCCUGCCGUGGCAGGAAAGAGUACUCUGGAUCCUGCACUUGCAGUGCUUGGGGAGGCCAUCUGAUUUGUCAUAGCAGAGCACUAACCCCCUUUGUGGGCUGGCAUGUUCAGUGCUCUAUAUCCUCAUUAGCUGCUGGAUAAUAUCUGUGGGCUCCCAGUCUUUGCAGGUGGGCCACCUGUUUGCUCAGCCAGCUCAGCUACGUCAUGAGUGACACUGCUCCAGGUGGCAUGGCAGAGCACAGGAUGUAUCCUGUGGGCUUAUAGGGUCAGUGGGGUUUUUAUAAACUACCCAGUGUCCCAGCCCAAAAACAAUCAGGGCACUGGGAGCCAUGGCAGAUAUAUCUCAUCUCAAAGCCUCCCUGGCCUAGGGCAGGAUCCAAGAUAUUACAUUACAUGCCUGGCAGAAAAAAUGAGCAUGUCCUGGUACGUGAGGGCAAGAGCUCUGCUGUGUUGCAGACAGCCACAGGUAUUCCUCCCAGAACAGCUCUCAGAACCAGAAAGCAAUGCUCUGCCCUGGUAGUUCUCAAUCGGGGUGCUGUGAUUCUUCUUAGGGUACCAUAGGGUGCCAUGUGGUCUUGGCAUUGAGGUCUGGAAACACCUGCCUACAUGCAAUUCAAAAGAUAAACCCAGAGAUCCCAAAUAGGAACCCAUCGUGUCAAAAACAUUCUGAACUGUUGUAGCCUGAGUUCUUUGCAACAAAAUAAUUGCUCCAAUUUUUCCGUUGUCAAAAAUGAGUGAAAGCUCAAAGUUAACAUUUGGGGAGGCAGCCAUGGGGGGUGCCCAGAGUCUAGAAAUGUUGAAACCACUGUUCUAACCCAUCCUGGGAAUCCUGUCCCUGGCAGCCUGGAUGCAGACAGGCAGACAUCUGUAGACAUCUGUCUCUGUUGGACAGCUUGUGUCCUGAUCUCUUGAAGGCUGGCUACAUUAAGGACCUGCAGCUCUACGUGGGAAAGGUUUGCGGCAAAAUUCAGAGAGACCCUUUACAUACAAACUGCUCGAUGGCUUCACCUGCCUGAGUCCAACCUACAGAACCAACUCUAUCCAGGGACAUUGGGCAUCCAUUGUAAUCUGUUGUGAAUUUGUAAAAGGCAGACUCUGUCUGUCUCUGUGGCCCUUUGUCAUCAGGCUUAUGCAGGGCUUAAACACCCAUGUCCACUAAAAUACCCCUGUGUCACAUGGUAUUGGCACAGUCCUGCCAAACGUGCUGAAGGGGAGCAGGGCUAAUCUUGUAGUGGGAGCAACAUGCUCCAGCAGCUGGUCCACUUUGUGCCACGUCUUACAAGGAUGCUGUGCGGCUCUCAACCCCUGGGUUCUUCUCAUGGUGGUGGCAGUGCAGAGCCACUUAACGGACCAGUCAUCCUGCCAGUUACCUUUGCUGACCAUAGGCCCAUCUCGGUGAACCUGCUUUCCACGUUCUAAAAACCUUGGGCUUUGUCUAGAACAACUGAAGCCUGAGAAAGUUCAUGUAACACUCAUUCCUUUUGAUGCCAGUACACCGGUCACUGCUAUGGCGCAGAGCCUGUCUGCAUGGGUGUCUCGUGUUUUAUGUUGCUGUGUCCUGACUGCUUAAAACGAGAAGGUUGUGUUAAGGCAGACUCAGUCUGAAGCCAGGUGCCUCUUGCUGCCUUGGGGGUGAUUCUGCGGCGGACAGCAGCAAGGCUGGCAUGCUGUCCUCCCUCCAGGCAUCCACAUGGGAUUAUUGCUUGAGUUCUAGUGGAGGGAGUCCUCACUGGCAUUUUGUGCUGCAGAACACGCUUCUAUAUCUAGGAAGAUCAAACUAGCCAUCAAAUGAGGCCUUGGCCAGCAAAAAAAAUAAAAGGGGUGUGUAUGCGCAGAUGCGUAUAUGUCUGUGUGUGCAUGUGCCCCCCUCUCUGGGCUUGCACAUGGCACCUGCUGAUGUGCUUGAGCUGGAAAUGUGUCUUCGUGUUUUGCUGCAUACAUCAAAUAAACCCUUUCCUUAUUCAUGUGGUUGGGGCUGGACUUGUUGCUGCUUGCUGCCAUGAUGCUCUAGCUUCAUGUUUCCCUAGAGUGGGAGUCCUGAUGGGGAGUAUUUUUAGGGGUUGAAAAAUUGUUCCUCUUCUUGGGAGCAGUGUCUCGGCACAAUUCAUGCCUCCUGACAGCUCUGCAGCUUUUCUCUGUUGAGAGAUUUUUCUCCUGCCCUCUGUUCGUCUCCGCGCCCUGCUGAAGCACAUUUGAGAUGGUACCUCCAGCUAGGACCUACCUCCUGCUGACGUGAGUUCCGCGGGUCAGCGCUACAGACUGCAGGGAUUUCCUGUGUUGUUCCAGCUAAGCCUAGUUUUGAUUCUGGCAGCAGGGUGGGGAAAAGUGGCUGCUCAAUUCUCGCCAUGACCUUUAUCAUCUUGCAUGGCAACUUUCUUCAGCAGAGAGUUAUUUUGUGGUUUCUUGUUGCCCCAAUUUAUUUUCUCUGAUGGAACUGAGAUUUGUGUGACUAGUAACAUACCUUGUUCAUUGGACAGGGUCACCUACCCUCCACAUAAAACAAGUCUCUAGAGGAGUUCAAAAUGGGCUCCAUGCCCUUCCAACUGUGAGAAUGAAACAUUGGCAUCUGCACAACUGACCUGUGUGACAAGUACCAGCUCUAACGGAGGUCACCAGAAUAAACCAGCCCCCAUUCUUUGCUCUUAUGCACAGUAACUGUAGGGACCUCGCUGCCAGAAGAGCUGUGGAACAGGGUGAAGGUUGCUGUGUUGGCUACCAGGAGCUUGUAGCUGCUUCUGCAGGAGGCAAGUCUGGAAAGAAAGAGCUGCCUUGUCUCUGCUGUCGUCUUGUGCAGUCUGGUGAUGGAGCUUUUACAGCUUCCCUUAAGGAGAUAUCUGGAAAACAUUUUUUUUUGCCUUUUUUAAAAGAAGCAGAAUAGGAGAUAGGGUGCCUGUCCAUGCAGUGCUGAGACCAGGAGCUCCUCUUCCCUGCAGCAUGUGACCAAAGGGGUGCCUGAUGAUAUCCAAAGGUGGGAAAUUGAAAACUUCAGAGGAAAAAGGCUUCUUCCUGCCAUGUGAUUGCCUGUGAGGCCCAUUGCCGCAGUGUGGUACUAAGGCUUAGCACUUGGCAGGCUCUGGGAAGGAUCUAGCUCAGGGGUGGGCAGUUAUUUCAGGCGGAGGGCCGUUUACUGAGUUUUGGCAAGCCAUCGAGGGCUGCAUGACAGGCACCCAAGAGCAGAUAAAUAUUAAUUUUCUAGAUUUUUUAGGGGUCCUGCAGGGCGGAUAGAAUGGCUUGGCAGGCCACAUUUUGCCUACCCCUGGUCUAGCUAGUUAUCUAGCUGAGAAGGGUGUUCAGAGUGUGGCAUGCAUGUGCUGGAAGGGUCGCGGCCAGCUUCUCUGCCUGUUGCAACUGGAACACUCCUUCCCAGGGAGCCAGCAGGACCCAUGCCUGCUGCUGUGGUUUGCCACACCUUCCUCUGAAGCGUCCAGUGUGGGCUGCUGCUGCAGACAGGAGUAUGCUCAGUGGUCCUGCCCAGGUCCUGCUGGCUGUGCCCCAUUCCUGCCCCUGCUGCGCACUGGCUCCCUGAUGCAGCUGCUGGGUGUGGUUUGGUGACCUGAGAUGUGUGCCACAUACCUUCAGCUCUCAACGCUCCCUUGGAUUUGGCCACUCCAGCCCUUUAAUGGCUCUUUGACCUCCACCCUUCGAUCUCUCUGCCAGCAAGGCACCAGCACAACCCAGGGUCAGCAGAAUUAGCAGGUUGCCUUUUCCCUGAGCAAGGCCAUGCAAUCCCAGAUUACACUGACCAUUUCUCUUGAUGUUGCAUUGCAGACUCAUGCCUGCUUUGCUGUCUGCUUUUCCUCCCCACAGCCUCCCCGCCCCUUAGCUCUCUCCCUGCCAGGGUUUUUCAGGUUAUUUCCUCCUGAUUCAAAUCUAUGCUUUUGUUUCCUUUUGUCAGUAGCUUGUAUGUGCUACCUUCCUGCCCUUAAUUGCUGGUGCCCCGCCCCUGCAGACUGACACACCCCAAGUUUCUUGCAGGGGGGGCAUGAAACCUUGUCUCCCUGAGACAUUCAACUCUUGGCCCUUGGGGAUAGUCUGUAUCAGAGGUGCAGGCUGCCUAGCCCACAAAGUUGCCGGGAGUUGAUUGUUUAAACUAGGGGUGCUCAGCCCCUGGUCUACAGGCCAGAAUCAGCCCCCACAGCUGUCAUCCAACCUGUGGGGGUCCCCACAGGCCUGAAAAGUUACCAGUGGAAAGCAGUGACCCUUCCUCUGCCACCACGCUUUCAGAGCUGUGAGGAGCCCUGUGGGCCAGAUAGCAUAACCCUGUGCACUACACUGGGGACCCAGGGUGGUACAGACCUGAUCCAGGGGUGAUGCAGGGCACCAGGGCUUGAUUCUGGCAUGCAAGGACUGAUCCUAGCCCACAGGGCUGGUGCGGGGCCUGGUCUGGGUGUACAGGGGUCAGCCAAAGCUAUGCCAGGCCCAAUCCAGGCCACAGACCGACUCUGUGCCACUCACCUGGCCUGCGGGGCCAAAUGGUUGAGCACCCCUGGAUUAAAUGGUAACAUGGGUAGGUGGGUGAGAGCCCACCAGAGGGACAAGAUAGGCCAGGCUCCCUGGGACAGGAGCAGCAUUCAGGGAAGCAAUACUGCUGCUAUCUCAUUGACUGCCUGAGUCCUCUGAGCAGCCACGCGAGUGACUUGUGCUAGCCUGCUGCCUUGCUCCGCUAUGAGUGCAAUUACUCAGCCUGCGGUGGCUUUCAGCCACAGCGGGGCAUGGAUGCAUGCUGGGAAGUUCCCAAGGGCUUACUGACCAGGCAGGGACCGAGGCAGCUUUCCUGCUCAGAAGUCCGUGGCUCCCUGUCCUGCAGAUGGGGGAGUCUGGUUGCUUACAGCCUGUUGUCACCUGUUGUUCUCAAUGGAUUCCAGUGAGUUUCCUGGCUCUUUGGACCCCCUUUCUCUGCCAGAUAAGCCACUUAUUGGCGAUCUCCCUGCUGACAUGGAGUUUGGGGAGGAUCUCCUGGCCUCCCAGACUGCUGCUUCUACCCAGCCAGUCUCAGCCCUGCAGCCCCCUGAGAUGGAGUGGGAGCAGUCCAAGCCCGUGACUUCAGAGAGAGACUUGGAUCUUCUGGUGAAAUCAGACAGUCUGGCUGACCUAAGCAAACCAAACAGCCUUGAUCUAGAUCAGCCCAGUGUCCUGGAUGUGCUGGAGAAACCCGGAGUUUUGGAUGACCUGGACAAAGCUGCUGACUUGAUGGGUUUAAACAAGUCUGAGGACCUGGAGGGGCUGUACAAGGCCCAUUCAUCCCAGGACAUGGCCAGCGAGCCUGGGGGCUCCUCUGCAUUGCCUCAAGCAGACCUGGCUGCAGAGACAUGGAAGGAAGAGGAUGGGGAGCCCAAAACCAACCCUGGGGACUUGGAGGAGGACAGUGCCAUAGCUGCUCCUGUGCUGAGCGAUGGUGGUACCCCAGAGUUGCCCGAGGCGCCUGCUCCUGACCCCGGGGAGCAGAGCAGCACUCCCCCUGCAGAGGAAAGCACCACCCAACCCUCGGAUCUGCCAGCAGCUCCACUGCAGCCAAGCCUGAAGCAGGUGAAGAAGACCAGAUUGAAGGCCCCAAAGAAAAGCUCCACCAUACAGAAGGAAGGGCCAGCAGCAGAAGAGGGAAUGGAGCAGAGCCCAGAUAGCAAUGUGCAGGCCCUGCCCCCGGACCACGUUGGCGAUGGCCAGGGGGAAGAAGGCAGCGAGGGUGGCAAACCCUCGCUGCAGAAGGAGAGUGGCACACCAACAGCCCAGGAUGCCACGCAGCAGCCAGCAGCAGGAGAUGGCCUGACCGGGAAGGGGAGCGAGCAGCCAACUGAGAAGGAGCAGAAGAGAAGCGAACGAGCCAGGAGGUCAGAGGCAGCGAGGCCUGAAACUGUGAACUCCUCUGAGAGCAUUCCAGUGUCCGACGAGGACUCGGACGCGAUGGUAGAUGAUCCCAAUGAUGAGGACUUUGUUCCAUUCCGCACACGGCGCUCAACCCGCAUGUCCCUGCGCACGCAGAUGGCCCAGCGCGCUGCCCGCUCCACCGUCACCAAGAUGACCUGUGCUCAUUGCCGCACCCCACUGCAGAAGGGGCAGACAGCAUACCAGCGCAAGGGGCUUCCUCAGCUCUUCUGCUCCAGCUCCUGCCUCACCACUUUCUCCAAGAAACCUCCUGGCAAGAAGAUCUGCACCUUCUGCAAAAAGGAGAUCUGGAACACCAAGGACUCUGUUGUGGCCCAGAUUGGCUCAGGCGGCUCUUUCCACGAGUUCUGCACCUCGGCUUGCCUCUCUCUGUAUGAGGCCCAGCAGCAGAGGCCGGCACCUCAGCCUGCAGAAGCCUCCGACACCAGCCGCUGCAGCGUGUGUCACAAGCCUGGUGAGAUUCAGCAUGAGGUCAGCAACGGGAACGUGAUUCACCGCAUCUGCAGCGAUGCCUGCUUCACCAAGUUCCGAGCCACCAAGGGGCUGAAGACCAAUUGCUGUGACAACUGCGGGCUCUACAUCUAUAACAAGGGGCUGCCGCUCGAGUACCUGUUCCACGAAGGCCAGCAGAAGCGCUUCUGCAACUCGGCUUGUCUCAACAGCUACAAGAAGAAGAACACUCGUGUGUACCCUUGCAUGUGGUGCAAGACGCUGUGCAAGAACUUUGACAUGCUGCCCAAUGUGGACCGGUCAGGGCGCACGGGCCUCUUCUGCUCCAUCUGCUGCACCACCUCCCACAAAGUGAAGCAGUCGGGCCUUGUUGGUCCCCCUAGACCCUGCAGCUUCUGCAGAAAGAGCCUGUCCGAGCCCUGCUAUUACAACAAGACAGACCAGGUCGUGUACCAGUUCUGCAGCCCCAGCUGCUGGACCAAAUUUCAGCACACCAGCCCGGAAGGGGGCAUUCACCUGAGUUGUCAUUACUGCCACAACCUCUUCAGUGGGAAGCCAGAAAUCCUUGACUGGCAGGAUAAGGUGUAUCAGUUCUGCUGCAGGGACUGCUGUGAGGACUUCAAGCGGCUGCGAGGUGUGGUGUCCCAGUGCGAGCACUGCAAGCAGGAGAAGCUGCUGCAUGAGAAGAUCCGUUUCUCUGGCGUGGAGAAGAACUUCUGCAGCGAAGGGUGUGUGCUUCUUUACAAACAGGAUUUCACCAAGAACCUGGGCCUGUGUUGCAUCACCUGCACCUACUGUUCCCAGACCUGCCAGCGGGCAGUCACUGAGCAGCUGGAAGGCAGCACCUGGGACUUCUGCAGUGAAGACUGCAAAAGCAAAUACUUACUGUGGUACUUCAAGGCAGCUCGGUGCCACGCCUGCAAGCGUCAGGGGAAGCUACUGGAAACCAUCCACUGGCGGGGGCAAAUCAAACACUUCUGCAACCAGCAGUGUCUGCUGCGGUUUUACAAUCAACAGAACCAGCCCAACCUGGACACGCAGAAGGGGCCCGAGAGCCUGCUGAACAGUCAGACGCCAGAGCCAAAGCCGGCUGCCUCUUCGCAGCAAAAAGCAGAGACAAACACGGUGUCUGCAAAAGCCUUGUCGGCCCAGGUGUCUGCUCCCCCACCACCCCCACCACCGGUUCCGGCCACACCUCGCAAAAACAAAGCUGCCAUGUGCAAGCCCCUGAUGCAGAACCGUGGUGUGUCCUGCAAGAUCGAAAUGAAAUCCAAGGGGUGUCAGACGGAGGCAGAUUGGAAGCCCCAGGUGAUUGUGCUGCCGGUCCCAGUCCCAAUCUUUGUGCCUGUGCCUAUGCAUAUGUACUGCCAGAAAGUACCCGUGCCUUUCUCCAUGCCUGUCCCGGUGCCUGUGCCAAUGUUCCUGCCCACCACACUGGAGAGCACAGAUAAGAUCGUGGAGACCAUUGAGGAGCUGAAGGUGAAGAUCCCAUCCAACCCCCUGGAGGCUGACAUCCUGGCCAUGGCGGAGAUGAUCGCAGAGGCAGAGGAGCUGGAUAAGGCCUCCUCGGACCUGUGUGACCUGGUAAGUAACCAGAGCGCCGAGGGCCUGCUGGAAGACUGCGACCUCUUUGGGCCAGCGAGGGACGAUGUGCUGGCCAUGGCUGUUAAGAUGGCGAAUGUGCUGGAUGAGCCUGGCCAGGAUCUGGAGGCCGACUUCCCGAAGAAUCCCCUGGACAUCAACCCCAGUGUGGACUUUCUCUUUGACUGUGGCCUGGUGGGACCAGAUGAUGUGUCCACGGACCAGGACCUGCCACGCGCUGUCCGGAAGGGUCAGAAGCGCCUGGUGCUGUCCGAAAGUUGCUCCCGGGACUCCAUGAGCAGCCAGCCCAGCUGCACGGCACUGAACUACUCAUAUGGCGUCAAUGCCUGGAAGUACUGGGUGCAGGCCAAGUACGCAGGUGGCGAGACCAGCAAGGCGGAGGAGCUGCGCUUUGGGCCCAAGCCCAUGCGCAUCAAGGAGGACAUCCUGGCCUGCACGGCCGCCGAGCUCAACUACGGCCUCGCCCAGUUUGUUAAGGAGAUAACGCGGCCCAACGGUGAGCGCUACGAGCCGGACAGCAUCUACUACCUCUGCUUGGGCAUCCAGCAGUACCUGCUGGAGAACAACCGCAUGGUGAACAUCUUUACGGACCUCUACUACCUGACCUUUGUGCAGGAGCUGAACAAGUCUCUGAGCGGCUGGCAGCCCACGAUCCUGCCCAACAACACGGUGUUCUCGCGUGUGGAGGAGGAGCACCUGUGGGAGUGCAAGCAGCUGGGCGUGUACUCGCCCUUCGUGCUGCUCAACACCCUCAUGUUCUUCAACACCAAGUUCUUUGGGCUGCAGACAGCAGAUGAGCACAUGCAGCUCUCCUUCACCAAUGUGGUGCGCCAGGCCCGUAAGUGCACCACGCCACGAGGCACCACCAAGGUCGUCAGCAUCCGCUACUACGCCCCUGCCAAGCAGAAGAAAGGCCGAGAUGGAGGCCUGGGGAAGCGAAAGCGAGAGGAGGAGACACCCAUCCUGGAGCAGCGCGAGAACCGGAUGAACCCGCUCCGCUGUCCUGUCAAGUUCUACGAAUUCUAUCUCUCCAAAUGUCCCGAGAGCCUGCGGAACCGGAGCGACGUGUUCUACCUGCAGCCGGAGCGGUCGUGCAUCGCGGAGUCGCCACUCUGGUACUCAGUCAUCCCCAUGGACCGGAGCAUGCUGGAGAGCAUGCAGAACCGCCUCCUGGCUGUGCGCGAGAUCUACGAGGAGCACAGCCGGGCUGGUGGCCUGGACGACGACAUGGACUGA